AUGCAUUGGAAGUGUGGAGGUGUAGUCCUCGUCCAUCUCGCAGUGACAGGAUUAUGUUGGCCAUACGAUGAGUCUCUUACUUCCUACAAUCUCAAUGAAAACGAAAAAGCAACCAACCCUGCCGAUUAUUGGGGCGAAUGGCCCAACCAUACGUACUUCCCUUCCCCCGACAACUGGCGUUUUCCUAUAUAUACUCUGUUUCUUGACCGUUUUGUUAACGGAGACCCCACCAAUGACAAUACCAACGGUACGCUAUUGGAGCAUGACUUAAACUCGAAUCAGAUGCGCCAUGGUGGUGACGUGGUUGGUUUAGUGGACACCUUGGAUUAUUUGCAGGGGAUGGGAAUCAAGGGUAUUUAUCUGGCUGGGACAGUCUUGAUGAAUCAACCAUGGGGUUCCGAUGGAUACUCAGCCCUUGACACCACGCUGCUCGACCAGCACUUCGGAACAAUUCAGACCUGGAGAGAUGCUAUUACCGAAAUCCACAAUCGAGGCAUGUAUGUGAUUUUUGACAAUACCGUUGCUACCAUGGGAGACCUGAUCGGGUUUGAAGGUUAUCUCAAUACAACCACGCCGUUUUCACCAUUAGAGCAUAAAGCCCAGUGGAAGUCAGAUCGCCGUUAUGUUGAUUUCCAUUUCGGAAAUGCCUACAACCAAACCUGUGAAUAUCCUCGCUUCUGGAAUGAGACCGGCUUUCCCGUUGAUGGGUAUGUUGAAGAAGAGUUGAAAGGAUGCUAUAACAGUGAUUUCGACCAAUACGGCGAUAUUGAAGCAUUCGGGGUUUAUCCCGACUGGCAACGUGAACUAGCAAAGUUUGCCUCUGUUCAAGACCGUCUUCGCGAAUGGGUACCUAGCGUCAGAGAACGUCUCAUUAGACACUCAUGCAUCAUUAUUUCCUCUCUCGACAUUGAUGGUUUUCGAUAUGACAAAGCUACGCAGGCCACAGUCGAUGCGCUAGGUGACAUUUCUGGGGCCUAUAGAGAAUGUGCUCGGCAUUUUGGCAAACCCAACUUUUUCUUGCCAGGGGAGAUUACCGUUGGAAACACUCUAGGUUCGGUCUUUCUUGGCCGUGGCCGUCAGCCUGAUAUGCUUCCCAAGACAUUAGACGAAGCCUUUCAGUUAACAAACUCAUCAGACUCAACCUUCUUCCUUCGAGGUGAGAACCAACAAGCUAUUGAUGGCUCUGCUUUUCAUUAUUCAAUCUACCGAUCUCUCACUCGAUUUUUGGGUAUGGAUGGAAACCUGGCAGCCGGCUACGAUAUCCCAGUCAACUGGACUGAAGCGUGGUACGAGAUGGUCCUUACCAAUGACUUAAUCAACGCAAAUAAUGGAAAGUUUGACCCGCGUCAUCUGUAUGGUGUGACAAAUCAGGAUGUAUUCCGCUGGCCGACUGUUGAAAUGGGCAUUGAGAGACAUCUUCUCGGACUCUUCAUCACAACGCUGCAUUUACCAGGUAUACCAUUAUUGCUAUGGGGUGAAGAGCAGGCAUUCUACAUUCUUGAUGCGACAGCUUCAAACUAUAUUUACGGUAGGCAAGCCAUGUCACCAGCAACUGCAUGGAAGACUCAUGGUUGCUUUGAACUGAUUUCGGAACAAUAUUUCAACUGGCCGAUCAAAUCCGGGCGAUUAGGGUGUCACGAUGAGACCGCCACAUAUGAUCACCGGGAUCCUUCCCAUUUCAUGCGAAAUAUCAUCAAGCACAUGUAUCAGAUGAGAGAGGACUUCCCUGCUCUCAAUGAUGGCUGGUGGAUACAAUUGCUGUCGAAUCAGACCCACGAUAUCUACUACCCGGGCUCGAAUGGUUUACCUACAGAGACAGGAAUGUGGUCUGUCCUACGUAGUCCUUACUAUCAAGGGCAGAACCUUGGAGAAUCUGGAAACCAGACCAUCUGGUUUGUCUAUCAAAAUGACAACAAGACGGUGACUUACGACUUUGACUGCUCCAAUCCAGAUGCAGCCCUUGUUGCUCCAUUUGACACCAACACCACUGUGAAAAAUCUCUUCUAUCCACACGACGAACUUACUCUCAAAGACAGUGCAAUAAGACUGCAUCUCAAUGGAUCACAAGAACCAAAUGGUUGUCUUGACAGCAUCACGCUCCAACCUUAUGGAUUCAGGGCCUACGUUCCGAAAGAGAAAUUUGUACCUCCCCGUCCGAUGAUCACGAAAUUUACCCCUGGGCAUGACAUUCCUGUACGCUCUAAGGUCGCCCCUGGGCAACUUGAGAGUCUUGAUAUUGGCUUGUAUUUCUCAACAGAGAUGAACUGCACAAUGGUCUCACAAGCAAUCUCCUUCGAGUCAUCAACCGAAACUGGGGUCAUCCCGUCCAUUGACUUGGGUACUGUCGACUGCGGGGCUAUCGUUACUGACAAAGUGUCAUAUUCCGGUCAAAUCCCAGCAACUUGGGCAUGGACAGCCACUCUGACCAACGUGGAAAACGGAAUCCACAGGCUCACUGUCCGGAAUGCGACCAGCAUCGAUGGGCGUACCACCAAUGCCAUCGAUCACUUUUUGAUUAGGAUCGGCCAACGUGAUAACCCGAUGAUCUUCACCUCUGCCAAUUAUUCCACGAGCCUUCUUCAUGAGCGGGAAGACGGUUCUCUGUAUGUCCAGCAACAUGCAGCUGGAGCAGAUAUGUAUCGCUACUCGACUAACUGGGGCAGUUCAUUCAGCGACUGGCUUCCAUACUACGGAGGAAACCUGUCCAUCAAAGAGCAACAUUGGUCCGGGACGAAGAAACAGCGAUGGAAGGGGAAACACGUCCGUGUCGAAUACUGGAGCCGCCUCACAGGGAGUAGUGAUUAUUUCCAAGAGGGAGAUGGUCCCGAUUGGAACUCCAAUGUCCCUCGUCGAUUCCCUCAUAUGUUUUUCAAUGGGCCUUUCAAUGAAUACGGGUAUGAUGCUGGUCUCCCAAAUGUAGUGAAACAAGAUAGCGACGGUCUAUGGAAAUUCCGCUUCAUGGCGGAAUGGCCCACUCAGGGUCAACUCAACGUUUGGGGUAUUAAUCCUGACGGCAAACCUGAUCAGAGCUACAUAUUUGGGGAUGCAGAUGGCGACUCAGUUCUCGAUCGUCUACCACCAUCUUCUCGUACUGCGACGACGAUAAAUAUUACUGAACAUCCACCAGAUCCACACUUGGCCUGGAGAAUACACAUCGAUGAUGCAACUCUACGAUUCAAGUUGGUUCCAGCAGGCUCGAAAUACGUGCAGAUGGCCCUCUUCUUCCUGCUAUGGAUUGUUCCGGUGAUUACGGCUACAACUUGUGCCUACAUAUUCAAGAAGACGUUCUACAGGAUUAAGUUCAACCAGGUUGGUGUGACCGAAAAGAAGACCCUAAUAUCCCUUGAUAUUCUUAAGAGAUUCAAGGCAGACGGUAAUGGAGAGCCUCGAAGUCUAAUUGCACGACUGGCGAACAAGUCAAGGUUCCUCCAAAGCACCUCUGCCUUUGGCAAUCGCGCCUCCCACAAACGAAAGGUCCUCGUCGCGACCAUGGAGUAUGAUAUUGACGACUGGGGAAUCAGAAUCAAAAUUGGCGGCUUGGGCGUCAUGGCCCAGCUCAUGAGCAAGCAACUUGGCCACCUAGAUCUUAUUUGGGUCAUUCCAUGCGUCGGGGGAAUACAAUACCCGGUUGACAGGCCCGCUGAAUCGAUGUUUGUCAUGAUUCUUGGGAACUCCUACGAAGUGAAGAUUCAGUACCACGUUUUGAGAAAUAUUACCUAUGUCCUUCUCGAUGCGCCAGUAUUUCGUCAACAGUCCGCCAAGGAACCCUAUCCUGCUCGAAUGGAUGAUCUCGAUAGCGCGAUCUAUUAUUCAGCUUGGAACCAGUGCAUUGCCCAGGCACUGAAGCGGUUCCCGGUUGAUUUAUAUCACAUCAACGACUACCAUGGCGCAAUUGCGACUCUGUAUCAAUUACCUGAGACCAUUCCAAUCUGCCUUUCCCUUCAUAACGCAGAAUUCCAGGGCCUAUGGCCGAUGCGCACACAGAAAGAAAAGAGCGAGGUGUGCUCCGUCUUCAAUCUCGAUAUGGAAGUUGCCGCGCGCUACGUUCAGUUCGGCGAAGUCUUCAAUCUGCUUCACGCUGGUGCGAGCUACUUGCGUCUUCAUCAGCAAGGCUUUGGCGCUGUUGGUGUAUCCAAGAAAUAUGGCAAGAGAUCCUAUGCACGCUAUCCUAUCUUCUGGGGCCUGGGAAAAGUUGGAAACUUGCCAAAUCCUGACCCCUCGGACACGGGGGAGUGGAAUAAAGAGUUACCAAAAGAGAAUGAAAUUAGUGUCGAUGGGGACUACGAAGUCCGGCGGGCCGAAUUCAAGCGUCAAGCACAGGAAUGGGCUGGUCUACAACAGAUACCUAAUGCCGAUCUCAUGGUGUUCGUGGGCAGAUGGUCUAUGCAAAAGGGCAUUGAUCUGAUUGCAGAUGUCAUGCCUAGCGUUCUCGAAUCUCGACUUAAUGUCCAGUUAAUCUGUGUGGGACCCGUUAUCGAUCUAUACGGAAAGUUUGCAGCAUUAAAGCUGGAACGCAUGAUGAAGCUCUAUCCAGGGCGCGUGUUCUCACGUUCACAAUUCACGGUCUUACCCCCAUUCAUCUUUUCCGGUGUAGAAUUUGCGUUGAUUCCAUCUCGCGACGAACCGUUUGGUCUUGUUGCGGUUGAGUUCGGUCGCAAAGGUGCUCUCGGUAUCGGUGCUCGAGUAGGUGGACUUGGACAGAUGCCCGGAUGGUGGUAUACGGUUGAGUCAACGACGACAUCUCACCUUCUCAAGCAGUUCAAACAUGCUAUUGACAGUGCUUUGAGUUCUAAACCUGAGACCAGGGCCAUGAUGCGUGCGAGGUCAGCUAAACAGCGCUUCCCUGUGGCCCAAUGGAUCGAAGACCUGGAAAUUCUCCAGUCGACGGCGAUUCGGGUUCAUGACAAGGAACGGGCAAAGACUCAGGCGCAAUCAAAUGCCGUUCCCUCUACAUAUAACGCUAUCUAUGGAAUGAUGACACCACAGGCUGCUGGGUCUGGUAGGUCUGGCGCGUCGAGUGGUACCUUAACUCCACUGCCACGGUCAUCCAGUCGCCCAGAGACGAUGGCCUCUUUGCAACGAAGCUCUAUCAUCUACAGCCGUGACCCAAGUCCCGGAGAAGGGAGGCCAAAGUCAGGUCUCAGUCGGCAUCUUUCAUUUGGUAUGAGUGUCGGCCCACGACCACUCUCGGCUCCUUUGGAAAGUCGUGGACGCAGAGACCAUGGGAAAGCAAGUGUGAUGGAGACAGAGGAAAUGCAGAAUGGAGGAUCACCGGACACCGAAGAUGAAAGCGACGAUGAGAUGAUGUCCACUUGCUACGGCGAUGAGGAAUAUCCGAUGGCAGGUGACUCUACUGAAAGAGGACGCCGGAUGGAAAGUUCCUCCCAAGCUCCUCUAUCUCCCGGAAUAUUUCUUCCCAAGGAGCUUCUUUCAGCCCGGCAUUCAAGUCAGGGCUCUGUUCUCGGUCGAUCCAUCGGCAGUCCUUCUAGCUCGACCGCACCCAGUAUAAUAGGAAGCGAAGACACUCUUCUGCCUCCAUCAAGACCUUGGGCAGAGGCUGGAAAUCGGCUGAGUAACGCUUCAGUGCUAUCUGUGGACUCUGUCGUCGGAGACAAGAAAGAUUAUAAACUGCAAAAAGUCGACCCGUUCUUCACAGACAGCAAUGGAGAAUACUACAGAGCCUUCGAAAAGAAACUCGAAGACUUGAAUGGCUCAAACUCCGACUCUCAGCUCUGUAUUGAGCAGUUCCUCGAAAAAAGCGAGAAGAAAUGGUUUGAUCGAUUCCGAGAUGCGCGUCUUGGCCGCAAUCAAUCUCCAGCCCCUUCAAUGCAGACUGGGAAAGGAGGAGGAAGAGGUUCCCCUCCGGAUUCCAUCACCAACGACGAUACAACGUCCCACGAGAGCGGUGGACCGGAGAGAAAGGCAGACGAUGAAUUCCACCUUGGAGAUGACUACGUGCCGCCUACUGGUUUGAAGAAGUGGAUGCAGAUGCGUAUUGGUGACUGGCCCGUUUACUCCUUAUUCCUCGGUCUCGGCCAGAUUAUUGCUGCCAAUUCCUACCAAAUUACCCUUUUGACAGGAGAAGUUGGCCAAAGCGAGGCAAAAUUGUAUGGUAUUGCCACAGUAUACUUGAUAACGUCAAUCCUGUGGUGGCUUUUCUUCCGUUUCUGCAAGUCCAUCCUGGUUCUCACAGUUCCAUGGUUCUUAUACGGAACUGCAUUCUUGAUCAUUGGCGUUGCUCACUUCGAGCCUAACUCCUUCACCCGGGGCUGGAUACAAAAUAUCGGCAGUGGUGUCUAUGCUGCAGCCUCAUCCAGCGGUUCGAUCUUCUUUGCGCUCAACUUCGGCGACGAAAGCGGCGCCCCAGUUAAGAAAUGGGUGUUCCGUGCCUGUUUGAUUCAGGGCACGCAGCAGGCCUACGUGAUAGCUCUCUGGUACUGGGGCUCCACGUUGACGAAAGCCUCCAACGCUGGGAUUCUGGACGCACAGGGCAAUAUCACAAAUACGUGGAGAAUGACAGCCAUCUGUACACCGAUCACUACCUUCCUGUGGGGCAUCGGUCUGCUGGUUUAUUUCGGCUUGCCGAACUAUUACCGGCAGACUCCUGGCAAGGUUCCGUCAUUCUACAAAUCAGUCUUCCGGCGCAAGAUCGUGCUGUGGAAUUGGGUGGUCGUCAUUCUCCAAAACUUCUUUUUGAGUGCUCCCUAUGGUCGUAACUGGAACUUCUUUUGGAUCUCCAACCAUGCCAAGCCAUGGCAGAUCCUUUGCCUUUGCGUCGUCUUCUUCGGAUUUGUCUGGAUAGCUAUUCUCUUGCUACUUGCCUGGGUAUCCAAAUCACACAGUUGGAUCUUACCUAUCGUGGCCUGUGGACUUGGGGCGCCCCGAUGGGCACAAAUAUGGUGGGGAACAUCAGGGUCCGGCCUUUUCCUUCCAUGGGCAGGGAGCUAUGUCUCCGGGGCACUGGUCUCACGAAGUCUCUGGCUAUGGCUCGGCGUGAUGGAUGCCUUACAGGGUCUCGGCUUUGGCAUGAUCCUCUUGCAGACCCUCACCCGUAUGCAUAUCUGUUUCACACUACUUGUAUCGCAGGUCAUCGGUUCUCUUGCGACCAUUUGUGCAAGAGCAUUUGCGCCGAAUAGGAUUGGGCCCGGGCCUAUAUCACCGGAUAUCACGGCUGGAGCUGGUGCACUGGCUAAUGCAUGGUUCUGGAUUGCCUUGAUCUUCCAAUUGAUGAUAUGUGGUGGCUUCCUUCUCUUCUUCCGGCGUGAGCAACUUUCCAAACCUUAG